AUGUCGUUUCUUACAUGUCGUUGCGUUCUGCUUGUUCUGUUGUGCCAAUCCCUGUCCCACCCUGGGCUGGCCUCUACCCUUGCGCCCCUCUCGAGGGGAAUAGGCUCACCUGGAGGGCACAGUCGCCCCAACGACUCAAAAUCUGCCGGGUCAGGUAGACUGGAGACUCUGGAUCCUCUGCCGGCGGUGGAUAGAAGCGAAAGCUUCCUGAAGGACAAAAAGGCUCGAGACAGAUCUUUGCCAGACUUCAGAUUGCCCAAAUCGACGUUUGAGCCCUCUGAACCGAAACAGGCCAGUGAAGAUAGGCCCACCAAAAAGCCUCGCAGGUCGCGCAGUCAUCCGAAAACGCUGGACGGCACUAAACUUCCAGGCUCUAAAUUUCAGCCAACCAUUGACGAUGCAACCUUCCAGGGCAUGCCAACCAGAAAGAGACCGGACAGGCAAGUGGACAGACAGCCUCGGCCGACGGAGCCGAAUGUAGACGCGAGUGCUUCAUUUUUCCCGCCCAAACAUGACUCCACAAAAGAAGCCCAUCCUCCGAAAGAGCACAGAUUGACACCCCCAAAAACGUCAUCUGCAGCAGCAGUAGUUCCAGGAAGACCUGUGGGAGAGAGGCAGACAGAGCCGACGCCAAAGCCGAGCAGAGACCAGAAUGGCGGCAAACCGGGCCGUGCCAAAGCUGCUGGGCAUAAUGGGGUCUCGUUGGAACUGCUCGGACCGACCGCCGAUAACCCAAAUCCAGACAAGGCCAGAACCGAACGAAGAGCCUCAAAACCGGCUUCUACAACUGGUCGAAAGCAUCCGCCACAACCGGACCUGCCAGGAUCAAGAGACGACACAUCGACAUUCGCUCCGCCACAACCGCUUCCGCCAUCGAUUCGUUCUAACCGGCCGGGCGAAGGGAGACCGGACGAGGCCGUCUCCAUGCCGGCGUCGGGGCAUGCAGGCGCUGAA